AACAACAUGAAAAUAUGACAUGAAAGGAAUUCGACGGUUGUAAUUGUAAUAUUUGUAUUGUUGAUUUUCUUGAUUUAUGGUUUAUUUAUAGGUGCUAUUUGCUUUUUAUGAAUUUUUUGAUUUUAAAUUUCAUCAAAGUUACUUUUGUCAUCUCGACAUAUGUAUAUAUAAUGGGAGAUAAGUACGAGGUGAAAUGGAAAUAAAAUCACACAAUGAAAGCAGUAAAGCUAAGCACAGCAAUAUUAACUUAGCAUCUAGCAACGAAUUUCUUCAUAAUAAUAGUAAAUCAAAAGAGAAUGGAACUUCAAAUAAUAAAAAUGACUCUUCUCCUCAAAAAAAACGACAUUUUGGAUCAGCUUUUAGUAAAAGAUUUAGACUUUUGUUUAAACCUUGGAAAUGGAGAAGGAAAGGAAGUAAAAAUCAAAGACCGAAUUCAUUAAGAUGCCCUGAAAGAACUUAUAGUGGAAGUGAUGCAAUUGACACUGGCAAAAAAGAAACUCGUCAAAUAUCAUACUCAACCAAUGAUCUUACAGACUUAAAUCCAUCAGAUGUUAAGUUUGACCGGAAUAGUGUUAAUGAACAGUAUGAUGCUCUCAACAAAUUAAAUAAAGUUGAAAAUAAGCAAGAAAAUGUUAGAAAUAUUGCUAAAGAAACCAAUUUAGUUGAAAGCAAACAAGAAGCAAAAAGUAUAGAACAAAAUACAGUUCAAAACAAACAAGAAGCCAUUAAAGAAACAAAUAUUGUACUUGUGAAUAGUUCUUUCAGAGAAAAAGUUCAAGAAAUUCAAGUCUCUGAUUUUGUAAAUAAUAAAAUAAACAAUGAGGAUUUAAAAAUUACUCCUUCAAUUGAAAAUUCCACAGGGAAUCAAAUAUUGGUUGAGAUUAAUCAACCUGAGAGUAUUACAGAUUUAGUUAUUGACACUGAGAGGAAAGAAGUUACCCACAAUGAAUUAAAACUGCACAAUAAUCAGGAAACUCCACAUGAAGAAAUAUCUCCAAUAUCAUCACCUGAAGAAGAAAUGACUAUUGGGUUUAAAGUUGACACAAAAGAAAUAACUAGUGGUUUUUAUCAAAGAGACAUUCCAGUUUUAGAAAUAAAUUCAUCUUCAGGUGAUUUUGUGGAUGGUGAUACUGACUCUGAUCGAAGUGUUGACCAAAGAUUUGAUAGCUCAAUGAGUUUGAAUGAUUAUAGCGAUAAAGAUGAAAAUGAUAACAACAUAAUUACAGGUUCUCGCAAAUAUACAAAAGCUAAAUAUUUUAACCCUUUUAAAGUUUGUUAUAAACAUUAUAUGUUAUCCAGCAAUCAUUUUAAAUCUAAAACAGAUUCUAUUCAUGGAUCACUUGUAACAAUGCCCUCAGAGUUAGAUGGUGUUGUUUUGAAACCAGCAUUAAAGUUUAACUCAAUGUAUGAUAACAAUUUAAAAUUAACCGAACCCCCUGAUUUCAUAGAUGACUUUAUUAUUGAAAGUGAUAAUGAAGAUUAUGAACAAGGGCUUGCAUCCAAGGUGUGUCGGUCAAAUAGUUUAGCAAUAAAGUUAAGUCAACGACCAAGUCUAAGUGAGUUAGAAGAUAAAAAUAUCAUUCCAAUUACUUCGCAAGAUGAAAAAGAUUCAAUAAGGGAUAAAGUCGGUAACAAGCUAACGAGAAGUUUGAGUCAACGCCCUUCAAAGGAAGAACUUGAGGAUAAAAAUAUACUAAGAACACAAACAAGCGAAGAAGCAAAUUUGAAAUUUAACGAAACCCGUCAGAGAUUGUCCAGAAAACUGAGUCGUCGACCUACAGUCAAAGAACUUCGUAAAAAAAAGAUUAUCGGUUUUAAUGAGUAUGUUGAAGUAUUUGACGUGCAAGAAUACGAUCGCAGAGCUGAUAAACCUUGGACAAGAUUAACACCGAAAGAUAAGGCAUCUAUACGCAAGGAAUUAAACGAUUAUAAAGAAAAUGAAAUGGAGGUUCACGAAGAUAGCAAAAUUUACACCAGAUUUCACAAGCCAUAGUUUUGUAUCCACAAUGUUACCAUAGAAAACUUUUGAAUGCGCAAGUUUGCGUUUUAUUGCAAAAUAAACCCGUUAUAUAUUUCUAUUUUGUUUAAUAUUGUAUAUUGUUUUUUUUACAAUUUUUGAAUAGGUAAUUCGUGAUUUUAUUAUAUUGACUUUUAAAUUAGCGUGAUGCUUAACGCUGUUAGUUUUGCCGUCAUUUAAUGUUUUUUGUUUUCGGUUCCUAUAAAGCAUUCACUUUUUAUUUAGGACCAAUUUUUCUUUUAUGUGCUAUUUGAUGGCAUUUUUUCUAUAUUUAAACCUCCAUUAAAUUUGUAAAUAUGAAACAAUGAUACUAUUCUAUGCUUUUA